AUGAGCGAAUCGAGCUUCGUGCAAGCCCAGCAACGGGUCGCCCCCCGCCGACAGGCCCGCGAGGUGCAGGCCGCCGCCCGCAUCGCCGCCCAGCGCGAGGCCUCGCGGGCCAGUGCGCAGCUGCGGCGUCUGCCGUUCCCUCUGAGCGGCCUCGCGACAGCCUGGGAUGCGGUGUCGACCCGCGAGGGCACGCGGCCCGCGUUUCGCGUGGCGCAGGUCGACGCCGAGCUGCUCGACGGGGAGCUCGUCGAGCUGUUCCGGGACCAGGUCUGCGACGCCCUGAGAUAUAUCGCCGGGGGCCACUUGCACGACGACUGGGCCGACGAGAUCGGGCUCGCGCUGCGCGCCAUCCUCUUCAAGCUCACCGUUUGGGACCACGAUGCGACCUACGGCGCGGCCCUGCAAAACCUAAAGUACACGGAUGCGCGCCGGCGCGGCCCCGUGCUGGCACCGCCGUCGCGCGCUCAAAAGGCACUCCACGGCCUCGUCAGCGUCGUGGGCACAUACGCGUGGGGAAAGUGGGAGGGCUGGCUACUCGAGCAGGACGACGGCUACGAGGAGCCGAGCCCCCGCGUGAGGAUGCUGUCGCGGUGGACGUCGCGCGUCACAACGGCACACUCGGCAGCGGCGUGCGCGUCGUUUCUCGUGUUCCUGCUGCACGGUCGCUAUCGCACGCUGCUUGACCGGGUGCUGCGGAUGCGGCUCGCGCCGCCGACCAGCCAGGUCAGCCGCGAGGUGUCGUUUGAGUACCUGAACCGGCAGCUGGUGUGGCACGCCUUCACCGAGUUCCUGCUGUUCGUGCUGCCGCUCGUCGGCAUCAACCGCUGGCGGCGCUGGCUGGCCCGGACGUGGCGCAAGACCAAGGAGAUUGUGAACACGAGCGGCGCGGCGGGCGACGCCGAGGGCGACGCCGCAAAGGGCGAGUACGGGUUCUUGCCGGAGCGCACGUGCGCCAUCUGCUACCAGGACCAGAACGAGGCAACGACGGAAAACGAGAUCAUGGCGGCGGCGGCGUCGAGCGGCGUUGUGGGCUCCGCGCAGACGGACGUGACGAACCCGUACGAGACGAUCCCGUGCGGUUGCGUGUAUUGCUUCGUGUGCCUCGCGACGCGGCUGGAGCGCGAAGAGGGCGAGGGCAUGACGUGCUUGCGGUGCGGCACGCACGUCAAGGAGUGCCGGCCGUGGGACGGCGACGUCGUGGAGCCUGUGGGAGCGCGGGCCGGCGGCAGCGGAGGCCACAAGUCGGUGGCAUUUUCGGCGGAUGUGACGGGCGGCAUGGAAGAUGAGGAUGAUGAUGCGGAAUGA